AUGAGUGAAGAUGGCGGACAUGUCCGGUACCGAGGCGUUCGUUGCCGGCCAUGGGGGAAGUUUGCGGCCGAGAUUCGCGACUCUAAUAGGCAAGGUCAGAGAGUUUGGCUUGGAACUUUCAACACUGCAGAGGAAGCGGCUAGAGCAUAUGAUAGAGCUGCUUACAAUAUGAGAGGUUCAUUUGCAAUCCUUAAUUUUCCAAAUGAAUACAAUAUGCCAACCCGUGCCGGUUCUGGCGCCACUUCUGCUUCAUCUUCAUCUUCUUCUUCUUCUUCUUCUUCUUCUUCUUCAAGGAAUACAAAUGUGGAAGGAAGAGGAAGACAAGUGUUUGAGAUUGAGUAUUUGGAUGAUAAGUUGUUGGAAGAGCUUCUUGAUUUUGAAGAGAAAAGAAAUAAAGGACCCUGA